UGGCGUAAACAAAGAUGGCGGUCUUAGGAAAGCCGAAGUCGGUGACCUGCACAUGUUACGAGUUAGGACACACAUGGACACCGUCAUGUCUUCGUGCAUCAACUGAUGUGUUACUAGAAGUAUUAAAGCAAGCUCUUAAAAUAUAUGGAACACUAUAUACGGUGGCGGGUAUACUAAAGAAGCGGGACCUGAGGUACUUUAAGGAGAAGCUGCUGAGGGAAAUAGCACAGUCUGUUCUAUUCCUGACCACCAAUGGCACACUCUUCAUAUCAUUCUUCUGUAUAUGGAGGAAGUUACUGGGUAGAUUCUUUUACUCCACAACGGGGUUCGUAGCUGCAGCCUCUGCCUCCCUAACCGCCAUCUUGCUAGAGAGGAAGUCAAGAAGAGGACUUCUUGCAAUCUACAUGGCUAAUGUGGCCACAGAGACGGCAUACAGAAUGGUCCUGUCCAGGGGUUGGAUAAAACCAGUCAAGCACGGAGAGGUCCUGUUGUUUAGCAUAGCAUCUGCCAUUUAUCUCUACUUCUUUAGAAAAGGUCAUCUUGCGGAGCAGACAAAAGGUGCACUGAGUUUCCUAGUUGGUAAAGAUGAGCUGCCAAUCGCAGAAAGAGAGGAGGGGCCAAAUCACAGACGUCAUGGCAACACACUUAUCAGUCGAUUAUCAGAGUCAUCAACAUUUCAAAGAUUCAAUAAAUCCUUACAAACCACACCCAAACACUUCCUGUGUCAGCAUAGUUAUGGAUGUGUACAUUAUGUCACCAAGAGUUUUAUCAAGAUGUUUGGACUUGGCUACUUAGUUCAAGGAGGAGUCAAAUUACUGGGUGCCUUGCCCAGGAUAUAUAGAAACCCUAGUGCUGUAUGGCAUGCCAUUAAACAUCAAGACAAUUUCAAACUUGGGGCAUUUCUGGGGUGCUUUAGUGCCAUUUUCAAGAUUGUGAAUUGCCUGCUUCGUUGGCUUAGAAAUAAAGAUAGUGAGGUCCAUGGCUUGCUAGCAGGAUUUUUAGCAGGAUGGUCAAUGCUGUGGUACAAGAGUUCAACCAUAGCAUUAUACACAGCAUAUAAAUUAGCAGAGGUGCUGUAUUUCAAGGGCAUCAGUAAGGGUCUUCUUCCAUACAUCCGCUGUGCUGAUAUCAUCAUAUAUUCCGUAUCAACUGCCUUUGUCUUUCAUGUAGCUGUAUUUGAACCACACAAUCUAAGGCCUGCAUAUUGGAACUUUUUGCUCAAAGUAACAGGGAAUAAGUUUGGUACAAUGAACAGAAGACUGCUGGAGCCACUGUACAAGGAUGCAGCUAGAAUCGCCCCUGAUUUCUGGCCAGACUAUGACAUGAGGUACACUAGUCUCACCAAAGACUCGCUGCUACGGAGAAGUUGAUCGGAGCCACGCCAAUUCUUCCUAACAUCAGCACUGUUCUAGGCUGAUGUAUUUUUUUAUUGAUGUGCAUUGUCUCUUAUUAUUUAAAUUUUCUUGUAAUCUUUUUAUCAUACAAAAGAUGUAAUUUUUCUUUUUCAAAUUAUGAUUUACCAGAAAUGUAAAACCCAGUUCCUCAAUAGAGCAUAUGAUGCAUCUUAUAGAUACAUUUUUGAAAUAAUUUCAUUCUCUCACACAUAGAAAAACAGUCAAGUUUAAAUGUCCUCAUUAUUGUAUGCAUGCCUUUUGUAAAUCCUGGCAUGAUAUUCCAUGUUCCCAAAUUCUGACCUGCUGGGAACAUCUUUUGUCUUAGAUAUUCAUUCAGAAUGCAUAUUUGUUUGUGUGUAACCUGCAGUCACAUGGAGAUGUUCUGCCGCUGUCUGAUCAGACAGAGGGUAUAUCAGUCAGUCCAUUUGUAGGACUAUAAUAAAAUCAUUGUGCAGUUUAUUUUUACACUUGUAAUCUGUAUGAUCUGUUUGAGUGGAGUAUUUUAUCUAUCUCAGGAUUAAUAAUUAACGAUUGUGUAAUAAUUGAUGAACCAAUGAUAAUGAUGCAUGAAUGAUCCGCACGUGGAUAUUGAUUUACAGGUGUCUUACCUGUGUCCGUUUAAGAGUACAUUUACAACCUAAUUAAUGAAGACGCUUUGUAAUUUAAACUGGAUGACACGAGCACAAUAUACGCAGUAUUGGCCAUAAUGCAUUAAGAAAGCAAACAACUAAUAAAACCAAAAACCAAGAUUCCCACCUGUUUUAUAUUUCAGUGGUAUAGAUAGUAGAAAAUUUACUGAAUGGAAUAGUACAUUUUAUUUUAUUUUUUAUAUUUGUAGUAAAAUUCCAACAUCUUUUUUUAAAUUAAUUCGUUGAAAGAAUUGUUAUAUAUGCAUAGAGGGUAAUAUGCCACUGUAAAUAUAUACAUGUAGAAUGCAAUGUACAGAAGUGCCAAGCAGACUUAAUAGAAAGCAGUGCUGUAAAAUUUAAUUUGUGGAGGCCAGAGAGACAUGAAUUGAUUUCAUUGGGUUUGUGUUUUAUUAUUUAUCACCAUUUUGUUCAGGUACAUAUGUUUCUAUAAUGUAUUGCGUCUUGACAAGGAUGCAUUAUGCAAGUCCAAGAAAUGGUUUUCUGUGAUAAAAUUAAAUGUAUAUUUGUGACAGUUCAUUUUAUAUUUUUGAGAUUAAAUGAAAAUAUAAUUUA